CAAGUCCUUUCCCCAGGUUUCCAGUAUGAUAACCUUUCUUUCGCCAAUGGGAGGUGAAGGCCCUCGUGGCCUCCCUGGAGGCUGGAGGGAAAAGGGGGACCGAGGUGGCUUGGAUGGCACGCAGAUGCGACAACUCCAUCAGAUCCUUCAGCAGAAUCAAGGUGCCGUUGAUGGAGCGGCGGCGGAAGGCGCAGGAACAGGUGGGGUGCCUCUUGCUGUCGAUGGAGACGGGCAGCAGGAAUCUCAGUUGUCUGAUAUGACAGGUGAUGCCAUUCCUUCGAAUGAAGCUACUGUGGAUGGCGGCGGUGGCGGUGCUGAUCCUCGUGUCACCGUGCAGGCGGAGGGGAAAUGAAGUGUCUUCCACCCGAGCGGACACAGGUGCCGAUCACCACCGUGAGCAAGCUCAGUAGGUUAGCUAUUUUGCAAGACCAGGUGGACACCACGUGUGGAACACGGUGAGAGAUGGGCAUUUAAGCGGUGAAUGGCGUGGAGGAUGGCAUCGGAGUCCAGCGGACUAUGUUGGGUCAGGAUCAGCAGCAGAACGGGGGGGGGUUCCUGAGGCCGCUAAGUGAUUGGACGGGCAGGACUGGCGUGGAGGGUGGGAUUGAGGUUGAUUGUUGACUGCUCAGAGAUGGGAGCAUGAGACUAGGUGUGUGCUCGCCGGAUUACCAUCCUAAUGAUCGCUUUGAUUUUAUUUACACGAGAUCCAUGGGUCAACCCCCAAGGUUUUCUCCAGAUUUGGUCAAAAGUCCUCAAAAGACAACACAAAUAUGGGUGGGGGUAACACAUUGGAGACUAUUUUCCAACUCUUUUACAUCUAAAAGGAACAGCCGCAGAGUUGGUUCACAUAACAACCUGAAGUGCCGUCGCUGUGGGAGCAGCUCCGAGGGCCAUAGUGCAGCAGGUCAAAUUCAAAAUUUCGCUUCUUGAGGAAUAUCAACCUGCACUGCAGUGAAGUCAGCCUCUUCACAAUCAAUGAGAAUAGGUGCUCCGAAUAGCGUCUUGUUGUCUUGUUGUCCUGCGGAAGCUGCUCUGCCGACGGAUGCAACUCGACACGAUAGACUGUAGUAGCGGUAGCGACUGUAGCUGAUCCGCCCUGUUGCUGAUCUUGUUCUUGUUGCCGCAGUGCAUGAUAGCGGUAGCUUCGGUUGUUCGUCUGUCCUCGUAAAUUCCACGCUGGAAACCUUGUCGAACAGCGAUCGCUACUACUAGCAAGCUACUAGCAAGUCGCUACCGCUACGACUAACAACAAGGAGGUCGUCGACGAGACUGCGGUCGUCGAUAGCAGCGAAAUAGUGGACAACCAUCACUAGCAGAUCGGCCCCAGCAUGAGCCAGACAACCUUUCAACACCAAACCGAGUUGCUCUAUGUUCGUCUUAAUUAUUAAGAGGUAAUAGAAGCGAGCGGAACGGCUUAUUUGGUUACCCCCAUCAAUGGUUGAUGUGUCCAAACGGCGCACUUUGACCAAAAGAGGAAAUUUUAUACAUAGUGACAGUACUGGUACUACUCUUAACCCCCCCUU